CUGGAUGGGCUUUGAGGUCUCUUGCAGCCCAAACCAUUCGAGGAUGAUUCUACGGUGAUGAUCCUCCAGGGGAUUUCGCACCACUGAGGCCACACCUAGAGCGCUGUGUUCUGGGCUCCUUGUCCUUGUGCUUUGUUUCCCAGGAUCGCGCUUCCUGUGUGUGCCUGGAGAUGUGCGCCAGCUCAGGGCAGAGGGAACUGACGGGGCCCUGGGAAGACACUGACAAGCUCUCAGGGCCUGGCUUGAAGCAGCGCUGCCAAGGGUACAAGAGAAGAAGUGGUGGAUGGGGUGGCAUUGCAAUAAGCCCCAAGCACGCAGCCUCUCCCAGACGGCUCGAGCCUUCACUCCAGCUGAGCGUGUCGGCGAGGCUGGGAGUGCGGAGCGAGCCUUUAGCUCGGUGCUGGGCUUGUGCCCUGCCAAGUGGUAGCUGCAGCUCUUGGUGACGACCGCGGAGCUGCUGCAAGUUCUUCUCCGGCCGUGCUGGGUUCAGGCAGCCGGGGCAGCCAGGAGGAGCGCCGGCCGCAGCAGAGGUGAGCACUGCUUGUUCUCCUUGGGCUUUAUUCUCCUCUCUCUUUCUUCAUUGUUGAGUUCUAUUUCUUAUUAUUAUUGGAGAUAAGAAAACGUGAAGCUCUAGGGAAAUUUUGACUACAGUGAAUAUGAAAUUGUGGAGUUCAAGACCCUUAGGAUGGCAAGGAGCACACCUAUCAAAAACACUACUACUAAAAUGGGUCCAAGAAAGCUGGGGAGGGGCUCUUGAUCAAGGAGUGCAGGGAUAGGACGAGGGGGAGCAGUUUCAAUCUGAAAGAGGGGAGACUGAGAGCAGAUCUUAGGAAGAAAUGUUUUGCUCUCAGUGUGGGGAGACCUGGCCCAGGUUGCCCAGAGCAGUGGUGUGUGCCCCAUCCCUGGGGGUGUUCAAGGCCAGGCUGGAUGGGGCUGUGAGCAGCUGAAUCCAGCGGGAGGUGUCCCUGCCCCUGGCAAGAUCAGUUGGAACUGCAUGGCUUUAAAGUUUCUUCCAACCAAAACGAUUCCAUGGUUCCAUGAAGAUCCCCGAACCACGCACUGUGACAUCACAGCCCUCGCUGCUUAUAUUGCAGCACGCAGCCUCUCCCAGACGGCUCGAGCCUUCACUCCAGCUCAGCGUGUCGGCGAGGCUGGGAGUGUGGAGCGAGCCUUUAGCUCGGUGCUGGGCUUGUGCCCUGCCAAGUGGUAGCUGCAGCUCUCGGUGCCGCCCGUGGAGCCGCUGCAGGUUCUUCCCCGGCCGUGCUGGGUUCAGGCAGCCGGGGCAGCCAGGAGGAGCGCCGGCCGCAGCAGAGGUGAGCUGUGUGGGGAACCUUCCCCCUGGGGAGGAGGUGCAUCACUUGUUUUCUUUGGGCAUUGUUUUCCUCUCUCUUCCUUGUUUAUUGAGAUGUAUUUCUUAUUCUUUGUGAAAAUAAGAAAAUGAAAAGGUGCUCCACUCUGCUCUGCUCUGCUCUGAUGAGACCUCACCUGGAGCCCAGUGUUCAGUUCUGGAGCCCUCAGCACAGACAGGACAUAGAGCUCUUGUAGCAAAUCCAGAAGAGGCCACAAGGAUGAGUUGAGGGCUGGGGCACCUCCCAGAGGAGGACAGGCUGAGAGUUGGGCUUGUUCAGCCUGGGGGAGAGAAUGGUCCAGGAAGACCUUAGAGCAGCUUCCAGUACUGAACGGGGCUCCAGAACAGCUGGGAAGGGACUCUUGAUCAGGGAGAGCAGGAAUAGGAUGAGGGGGAACAGCUUGAAGCUGCUGGAUGGCAGGUUGAGAUGAUAUUUAGGAAGAACUAUUUUGCUGUGAGGCUGUUGAGGCACUGGCAUAAACUGCCCAAAGAAGCUGGGGAUGGCCUGAUCCUGGAGGUUUUGAAGGCCAGGUCGGAAGGGGCUUUGAGGAAAUGCUUCCCAUGGAAAGUGACCCAGGCCAUGGCAGGGGGGUUGGAAUUGGAUGAUCUUUAAUGUUCCUUCCAAAGUGGACCAUUCCAUGACUGUUUGUAUACCCCUGAGCCACACACCGUGGUACCCCUGACCACGCACUGUGACAUCACAGCCCUCGCUGCUUAUAUUGCAGCACGCAGCCUCUCCCAGACGGCUCGAGCCUUCACUCCAGCUGAGCGUGUCGGCGAGGCUGGGAGUGUGGAGCGAGCCUUUAGCUCGGUGCUGGGCUUGUGCCCUGCCAAGUGGUAUCUGCAGCUCUCGGUGCCGCCCGUGGAGCCGCAGCAGGUUCUUCCCCGGCCGUGCUGGGUUCAGGCAGCCGGGGCAGCCAGGAGGAGUGCCGGCCGCAGCAGAGGUAAGCUGUGCGGGGAACCUUCCCCCUGGGCAGCUGGGCACUUUUCCUUUGGGAUGGAUCUGGGCUUCCCUUCCAACGCUCCCUGCGCCAGCCCCUGACCAGGGCCUCUCUUCCUCUUCCAGCGGGACCCCCGUCACUGCAGCGUCACACAGGACGAGGAGUCCAUCCCCACGAGCUCUCCCAGACCAGCGCAGCACCUGUUGAGCAUGGCCAUGGAGGGGCUCUGCCCAAUCUGCGUCUACACAUGUGACAACGUCGCCUGGACCGUGCCAUGCCAUCACCGCUUCUGUCUGAGGUGCAUCCGGUCCUGGGCAGAGAGCAGGCCCCAGUGCCCCGUCUGCCACAGGAGGGUGACGGCCAUCCGGCACUCACUACUCGGGGAGCACUUUGAAGAGUUCCCUGUCACAAACCCUGCGGCAGCAUUGGGCAGCGCCCAAGACGAAGGACACGGAGGAGCAGAGGCACCACCAACACCCAGUGGACCCCAACGCCGGACUCGGGAUCCAGACUUUGUGGGCGGCCUUCCUGCCUCGACCUGGGGGCAUCUCUUCCGGCAGUACCCAGGUCUCCUUCGUCACCUGCGGCCCUGGCUGCACCGUGAGCUGGGGCACAUCUUUGAGGCAGAUCCUAAUCAGGCAGUCGGGCUGCAGGAGAUGAUCCUGAGCAUCCUGCCCGUGCUGGGACUGCACGAAGAGCGCCUGGAGGAGGAGCUGAACAACGACCUGGGCAGCCACACCACAGCAUUUGUACGAGGACUGAUUGACUUUACAGUGAAAGAGUGCAGGAGGGAAGCCUGCCACCUCCUGCACCACGGCACACCCCGUUAUGAUGGGGGCUUGGAAGACAGCCCCGGGCACGUCAUCUCCGCGUCCUUCACGAGGUGGCGCGAUCGCAGCCCUGUGGCCAGAACAACCUGGGCUGCCCACCAGGAGAGACGGCUCGGCAAUCUGGUGGCCAGAAACAGAUGCAGUGGCUUCCAAGAGCAAGGCAGGUCCGGCUUUGUAACCAGCACCACAUGGACUGUCUACCGACGGGAGGGGGAGCGCAGCCCCACGGCCACCACCAGCCCCUCUGGUUCUCAGCAUCAACGGGAGCGCAGCCCCAUGGCCACCACCAGCCCCUCUGGUUCUCAGCAUCAACGGGAGCGCAGCCCCAUGGCCACCACCAGCCCCUCUGGUUCUCAGCAUCAACGGGAGCGCAGCCCCAUGGCCACCACCAGCCCCUCUGGUUCUCAGCAUCAACGGGAGCGCAGCCCCACGGCCACCACCAGCCCCUCUGGUUCUCAGCAUCAACGGGAGCGCAGCCCCAUGGCCACCACCAGCCCCUCUGGUUCUCAGCAUCAACGGGAGCGCAGCCCCAUGGCCACCAGCAGCCCCUCUGCUCCCCAACGCCAAGAGGACCGCAGUCCUGUGCCCAGCUCCAGCGCCGCUGCCUCCCGCAGCCCUGCCCCACGACCAGCCCUCUCCAGAAGCGCUGACACAGUGGAGGAAGAAGAACUGCCUGUCAUCUCAGUCACUGACUUGUGGGGGUGUCCCGACUGUCCCCCCUCCAACCUCAAUCCCAUCCCAGGCUUGUACCAAGACCGGCACCCGAUGCCGUGGGCUGCUGGCGGUGGGGACUGUGCUUGGGGCCAGGCUCGGGCUUUUCGUCUCCAGGGCCCCGCUGACCCCUGAAGAAGGCGGCCAGUACUCCCAGGACUCUUCCUCACACACCAGGAAGCCACCCCGCCACCGAUGCUGGAAGGCGGCCCCGGCAGCUGGCAAAAGAAGGGCCUGGCCUGAAGCAGGGCCAUGCGCUGAGUCCCCUGGGAACCACAGGACUCUGCUCCUUCCUCCUAAACACAGUUCUCCCCCACAAUAAAGAUGUGAAAAUGAUUGCAGGAAGAGUCUGUGUUCAUAACAAUGCAGCUGCUGAUGUUCUCCCCACCCAGGCUGCUCAAUCUCCCUUUGCCAGGUGCUCGGCUGACCUUUUCCUCCCAGCUCCUGGGGAAAAGUUUUCUUUACAGGGAGGUUGUGGAGACUCCAUCCUUGGAGACACAAAACCUGCCUGGGAGGGGACCAAGUGGGGGCAGCAUCUGAUCCCAGGGGAAUCCCCCACCAUACAACACUGUGCUCAGCAAUAAAGCUGGGGGAAGAAGGAGGAAGAGGGGGAUGCUUAGAGUGAUGGCAUUUGUCUUCCCAAGCAACUACUGCGGAUGACGGAGCCCUGCAUCCCUGGCGUUGGCUUAACACCUGCCUGCCGACGGGAAGUGGUGAAUGAAUUCCUUGUUUCACUUCGCUUGUACGCGUGGCCUUUGCUUUAGCUAUCAAACCGUCUUUAUCUCCGCCCAUGAACUUUCCUCACUUUUCCUCUUCCAAUUCUCUCCCACAUCCCAUUGGGGGAGAGUGAGCGAGCAGCUGUGUGGUGCUUCGUUGCCAGAUGGGGUUGAACCGCAGCUCUUUGUUAUUUGGAUUAUCAAGUAUAGGAGUCUUGGGUCAUAAAUCA